AUGAAUAGCAAUAGUAGCAGUAAUAGCAAGCUUUCGAUGACUUCUCCGUUACGUAGAAACAAUUCUGGAGAGACACGGUUGACUACGACCUUCAAUGUCUCAGGACAAAUGUUUGAAGUGAGCAAUGCUCUCCUCAACAAAUUUCCAAACUGCAAGCUCUCUAUAAUGGCUAACUCCACACGAUCUAUUGCUAUUACGGCUCCUUCGUCAAAGUCUGAUUUAUUUGUGGACCUGAAUCCUUACGCCUUUAAUGUUGUUUUGGACUACAUGAGAUACGGAAAACUCUACUGUCCGAGAAACGUCGCCAAAGAAGUAGUCGACUUGCAGCUCCGAGCACUCGACAUUGAGAUAAAAGCUGAAGUUGUCGAAAUCGACGCCGACGACCUAUAUCCAACGACAUCUUCAACAAAUUUCAAUAUAAAUGCAUCAAUAGAAGAUCCAAACCAACCACCGCCAUACACACCAAGCAUAUCAAACACCUAUAAUCGUAGCGACACAAAACAACCCAUAUCAACAUCGUCCUCAUCAUCAGUACAGGCUCAGGUACAGUUAUCAUCAACUAGCAAACUCGAAAAUCUGAUAGGAGGCUGGCUAUCUCCGAUAGUAAUCACACGGGCCAAGCGUGGGUUGAGAAAGCUGAAAUUCUUGUUUGUACCAAUGGGUGUAGAACUCACGAAAAUAGCAGGCUUUGAAUCUCUGUCGAAUGAUGGUGCACCUAUUGAGAUAGUGCAUAUGAAUAGGAGUCAUACUGAGGACUCUGAGAGUGUGGGUGAUAUAGUCUUUUUAACGUCAUCAGGUACGCCAGAAGAGUUGGCGAGGUUGCUGGUACUUCGGACAGGGAUUGUGAGGGCUGUACCAGAACUGCCAGAGAUAUUUACAAGGACUGAAAAUCAGUUUGGAACUACCGAGUCGCAACGGCAUCCUGCUCUCCUACUACAUGUAACUUUGGCUUGA